AUGAAUAAAAAUCCACCAAACUGGCUGGAUAACAUUUCAGACACUCAAAUCCCAGAUGAAGUAGCCAAUGUUCUGUCUUAUGGUCCAAACUUCUGUCUAAAUAUAACACAAGAAAAAAAAUUGCCAAUCACUGAAUAUAUCACAUCAAUUGAAACAGCAAUCAAAGACAAAGAUAAUGAAACAAAAGACAGUAUUAGAGAUCUGCGAGAUGCCGGCCCGUCCAAUGAUAGGAAUCAACAAUUCUCCCUGGAUUUUUCCGAUAAUUUGUCCCAAACUUCUCCAGCUUCUCGAUCAAUUUUGGAAAAGGAUAAACAAUUUUUCUGUUCCUCUUGCGAAAAAUGGUUCAAAUCUUUAAGAGGUCUUAAUAUUCAUAAAUCCAAAUCCCAUCAUUCUUUUCAAAAGCAAAGACAAGUCAACGAUAACAUUUCUUCUGCUAAUUCUCAACAAAAAUCAUCAUUGAAAAAUAAAUCAGUAGAAAUUCAAUGCAAUUUUUGCAACAAACGCUUCAAAACACAAAAAGGGAUAAAUCAACAUGUUACUAUAAAACACGUAAAUGCCUCCACUAAUAAUACUAACGAACAUAAUAUUUUGGAUUCAUUUUCAAUAAAUUCUCUACUCACCAAAAUGAAAUCAUCAACAUCGGUUAUCAAAAGAAUUCCGAAAGGAGCACGAACUUGUAAAUCUGAAUCUGAAGAAUUGGCCUCAGUUCUGAAUACCUGUGUCAAGGAGAAUAGCCUAAAAUCUUGGUUCCAUUUGCUUAUUUUUUCAUACAUAGUUCUCAAGGUUCCAGAUGAGCGUAAUGCUAACAGGAAUAAAUCACUCACUUCUUUAGUCAAAGAAAAUUUAGCAAUUUGGCAAAAUCUGACAACUUUGCCUUUAGACCAACUUAAUGACUAUUUAAGAAGAAACAACAAACCACCACAAAUAAAGAAAGUAAACCAUCCUCAAAAAGACAAUCAACUAUCGAAGAAAAUUGAAGGAAAAAUUGCAGAAGGGGACAUUAAAGGAGCGAUUCGUGACAAUUCAGCAACUGAGACUGAGAUUUCAAGAAAUGUGAGUAAUAAUAACGACAAUGUAAAUGUUGGUGCAUCAACCUCAGUGGGCAUCGGGUGCCUUAGUGAUGAAUCUGUAGUGUGCUGGGAAGCUGACAAAGACAUUCCGUUUACUGAAAAAAGUCAUGAUGUUGAUGAUCACAGUCACGAAAAAGAGGAAAAGGAAGGAGGGAAGAAGGACAAAAAAGAGGAGGCAGCUGAAAAAGGUAUGGAUGUGGAGGCUUUAACUACUUUUCAAUCUCCAGAAAAAGACGACGUUAUUUGCCUAGUUUCUGACGAUCCUGGUAAAUGGCUUAUAAACCUAACCCACAGUCAGGUACAAUAUAUAAUUGAAAAUUUCCCAAAACAAGUUCAAAACAUAGCAUUUCCCAGAGAUAAGCAAAACAAAAAAAUUUCGGAGUCAUAUUUUUAUCGUAUUUUAAGCAAUGGUGAAAAAAUCCACCGUCCUUGGUUAUUAUAUUCUUUAUCUUUAAAUAGUGUUUUCUGUGCUCCUUGUAAACUAUUUUGCACCGAUGUCACGAUAAAAGAGAAAAAGGAACAUAUCUAUGGUGCAGGAGAAGUGAAAGAUUGGCAACACUUAUCUUUGAUUUUGAAAAGGCAUGAGAGCAGUUUGAGCCAUAUUAAAUAUACUAAAGAAAUGCAUGAUUUGAGUGUAGUACUGAAAAAGUUCACAACAAUCGACUCCUCCAAUCAGCGAUUAUACGAACUGGAAAAAACCGAAGCCCUAGAAAAUUUAAAAGACUACUUUGUUCAGAUAAGAUGUGACGAACAUUUCAAAAUAUUGAUGGAUGCUGCAAAGCAAAUUGCUUCCGAUGUUGAACUAGAAGGAGAAUUUCCUGCUCUUGCAGCAAAACGUAUUGGAAAAAGAAAAAGACAUUUUGAUUACGAACACGAGGAUGAAAGCAUUUUGGAUCCAGAGAUGUCUUUUAAAGUCAACUUUUACUUUGAAAUUUUGGAUGCAACGAUUAUAGCUGUAAAUGAGAGAUUUCAACUAUUAUACGAACAUACUAACAUCUUUAAAAUAUUAUAUAAUAUACAUGAAUAUGGUGAUCUUAGAGACAAUGAAUUGAAAGCCCACUGUGCCGAAGCGGAACUAGCCUUGAGAGACCAAUUUAACUGUGCUAAUUAG